AUGCUGGUGUUGCCAGUGACUUCGGCUAUGUCGCUGCCGCCUACCCUUCCCUCCACUGACCUCGACAAUGCAGCUGAGAUGUUCCCGCCGUUUGAAGCUGCUGGCUGCGAGGACCUGUCCUCUGGAUCCUUGCGACGAAGUGCUUCUGCCGAUGGCGCCUCUACUUCGUCUUCCAUGAUGUCGUGCAUGUCCGAAGUUUCAACUCGUCUUCAAAGUCGACGUUCUGGUAGCCUUGGGCGCACCUUCGGCGGAUCAAGCCUCGGCAUCCUCGCGCGGAGCCUGGGUGCUGACCUCCAGAGAGCUGCUGCAAGAGACUCUUGCAUGCGAACGUCGGCUGGACCAGAAGACCCGGAGCUCACUGCACCGAUUAGGGCUCGGCCUCCGAAGGGUCAGCCGCGCACUGGAUGCUGGCGUCAGCGUGCGUACGUGGAUGAGGAGGAACUCGUCAACCUUCGGAUCGAGCUGCAGCAGUGCAAGCGGCAGCUAAGUCAUCAGAGUGAGCUCCGGCAGGUCUUACAGGCGACCCUCGACAGCGAGCGGGAGAAGUCAGCGGGACUUGUGAAGGACAAUGAAGAGCUGCAAAGGGCAGCCGAGGAGACGCUGCAAGGCCAGCGGCAGGUGAGUGAUGCGGAAACAACGGAACUUGAAUCUCAGGUUGAUGCAUUGCUGUGCCUGAAGAGGCAACUCUACCAGCGAAUUCAAGCACUGGAGCAGGAGCGUGCUGCCCUGUUGACUCAGCGGCAAGAAGCAGUCAGCGAACGCUGCUGCAUCGCAUGUCUGGACCACCUGGCGAAUACAGUUCUGCUUCGCUGCCGGCAUCUUUGCGUCUGUGAUGAAUGCGCACCAAGAGUGACAGAGUGCCCCAUUUGUCGGCAGAAGGUCCGCGAUCGGCUAACCGUGUUCAUGCCUUGA